GUUCCGUGGGGUGCGUGUCGGCUGCCGGUCUGCGAGGAUAACCGACUGCCGUCUCCUGACGGGCUGAGAGCUGCACAGAUACAGCCGGAUUGGUCCCCGCAGGAGGCUCAUCAGAGAGAGGACACUGAGAAAGGUGGCCGCUGUUUUAUCGUCACCCCGCCGGGUGCGUCUCUGACGGAGCGACUCUCCUCCCGCCGACCUGCAGCGCUGCCGUCGAUGGCGACAUGGUGACGCCGUCAUGACGCCGGGUCGACGGAGUGCGCUGCUGCUCGUCGCAUGCGUCGCGCUCGCCGCCGGCCAGACGGCGCGGCCGCCCGAGUGGCGGCCGGGGGCGGCGGGCGGCGCAGCGGGUCAUGGCGCCGCCGACCUGAGGUCAGGGGUCGGCCGGCCGGCGGCCACACCCGGAGCGUCGGCGGGCGGCGGCCGGGCGAGGGAUGACGAGGAGCUGACUACCGCUACGCUGAGACUGUCCGCGCCGCAGCCGGCACAGCUGACACCGACACCGACCGUGGCCUCCGCGCCCGCCGCCGGGCAGGGGCGGCACGGACCGCGGAGCGACGGGUCACCGACAGUGAACACUCCCGCCCCCGCUGGUGACGGUAGUGACGGCACCGAGCAGCCGGUGGUGACAGUGGUGCCGGUGGAUGGUGCAGGGGACGGCCGCGGGGCCGGACCCGGGGGUGAUCAUGUCGAGUACGAGCUCGAUGUCUCGACGGAGAGAACUGUGGGAGUGAUUGCGCGGUCAGGGUCGCGAGGGAGACACCAGAUGAAGGCGGAUCUACAGCCGCAGCCUCAGCCCACACAGCAGUCGCCGGUGACGCCGACCUCCGGGCUCGUCUACUGGCCGCGGUACGGUCCGACGACGCGCCGCUCGGUGGCCGGCGGAUUCAUCUACCAGCGGCCGGCGCUCUCCGCGGACCGGAUACACUUCCCGACUCUGACUCCCAACCGCGGACUGAACUGGUUCGAGCAACGGCUGGGCGGCCACCGCAUCCACUUCCCCACGCAGUCGCCGUUCUCGGGCUACGGCCGCCGGUGGCCGCCGCGGCCGCGGCUGACCACCACGCCUCGCCCGCCGGUCCGAACUGAGAGCCCCGCGGGGCCCGGGGGAACGGAGCGGCCGACCCGGGUUCAGCACCAGCCGCCGGCCACCCGGCUCGAGCCUCCCACCUACCCGUUCUCGAGCUCGGCGCCGCCGCCGGCCCGCUUCGAACCGCCGACUGUGUAUGUGCCGAGUAUCCCCAGCGACCUCACGCCGCCCAAAAAGAAACACUGGAAACCACUGAUGCCGGUGCCUGAGCCAGAGCCGGAACCAAAACCAGAACCAAAGGCUGAACCAGAAGCUGAGCCAGAACCUCAAGCGGAACCGCAACCAGAGGCGGAGCCAGCGCCAAAACCGGAACCGGAACCGGAGCCAGAGCCAGAACCGGAGCCAGAGCCGGAGCCGGAGCCGGAGCCGGAGCCAGAGCCAGAGCCAGAGCCGGAGCCAGAGCCAGAGCCAGAACCAGAGCCAGAAUAUGAACCGGUGCCGGAGCCGGAAUAUGAACCGGUACCGGAACCGGAAUAUGAACCAGUGCCGGAACCGGAAUCAGGGCCAGUACUAGAGUCGGUGCCAGAAGUACCCGAGCCAGCGUCUAAGCCGGAGCCCGUGGCGGAGCCUGUGCCGGAGCCUGGUGGGGAGCCGGAGCCGGAGCCGGGCGCCGAGCCGGAGCCGACGGGCCCGGUGCUGGUGUCGGGGAUGGGCGGCCACGAUCUGGAGCCGUUUGCCGAGCCGAUGCCCGAGUGGGACCGGGCGCGCGCCGCCUGGGGCCUGGCCUGGCCGGUGCACGUGUACGCGCUGGGCGGCCUGUUUGCGCUGCUGGCCGCGCUGGCGCUAGUGGCGCUGCUGCGCGUGGCCGCCUUCCCGCACCUGCUCUCCAAGCCGUACUUCAUGACGCUGACGGCCAUGGUGCUGGUGCUGUCCGCUCUGCGCGCCGCCUACCUGCUUACAGACGCCUACAACGCCGGAGGACUGUACGCGGCGCCCGUCAACUACCUGCUCUUCAACCUGCCCGUGCCGUGCCUGACGUCGGCCUUCUCGAUCCUGUUCAUGGCCCUGCUGAGCGCCACCCAGGUGCAGAUGAUGCGGCCGCGCGUCCAGUCGGCCGGCGCGCUCGCCUCCGUCAUCGCCUUCCACUUCGCCUUCAGCGUGGGCACGGAUCUGAUCGUGGGCCUGCAGUUCGAGGGCCGGUUCCUGCUGGCGCUCUGCCAGCUGAUGUUCAUCUGCUGGGGCCUGGCUCUCAGCGUGACCUACUGGUACAUAUUCGGCACGCUGUACCGGGCGGCCGUGCGCCGUCAGGCCGAGGCGCUGCGCACCACCGUCACCAAGCUGCAGAUCGAGGGCAGCGUGAUGCCGCGCCGGCUGCCGCGGCCCACGCUGGGCCUGGCCGUCCGGCUGACGGUGAUCGUCUCCGUGCUGGGCCUGUUGCUGGCCGUGCUACAGGCCUACGGCAUGGUCUGGGUGUACGACGCGUUCGGCGUGUUCAGCGCGCGCGCCGGCGGCCCGCAGCCCUGGGCCUGGUGGUGCUACCAGACGCUGUCGCGCGCCGUCGAGCUGCUGCUGGCCGGCCUGCUGCUGUACGUGGGCUCUCAGCCGCUGAGGUACCACGAGCCGCGCCGGCGGCCCGCCUGUGCUGUGUUUGCGCUGUGUACCGGGUCGUGCGCGGGCCGGCCGCGGCUGCUGCGACCCAAGCCGCAGCAGGCGGGCCGCGCGGCCGCCGAGCUGGACUACUACCCGGCCGUCUGCAGCCGAAACCAGGUGGUCCAGAGUGCCAGUCAGGACGGCCGGCUGGCCUACACGGACCGGCUGCCGCUGGCCGGCGGACACGCCAUCUCGGUGUCGCUGCCGCAGCGGCGCACCAUGCGCCGGUCGGCCUCUGCGGACCGGACCAGCGCUCCGGCCGGCUCCCGGCCCUCCUCGCUGCUGCAGCCGGCGCCGCCCCUCGUGCCGCCGCCGCCGCCCGAGCCGCCGCACGUGGAGACAACCUACCAGCCGGUACUGCGCGCGGCGGCCGCCGAGCCGGGUCGCGCCGCCGGACCCGCCUCCAGCACACUGCGCUCCAGCGGCACUCAGACCAGCGAGGAGUACACAGACGUCUGUGCCACCUACUGCCUGCCGGUCGGCGGCCGGCCCAGUUUGGACACGGACGAGCUGAGCUCGGCGGCGCCCACGCCGUCGCGCGCGCUCUGCCGCCAGGCGAGCACGUGCAGCUCGGAGAGCGCGGCGCACAGCUUCACGGUGCGUCUGUACCGGACCGUGGACGGGCCAGGCCGGCCGCGGCCGAGGGCGGCGCCGGGCGCGCCGGCCGCCGGUCCGGCCACCUGUCCGCGCGCUGCCCGACACCGGCUCAGCUGCCCGCUGCCGCCCGACGACGCCUCCGACGCCGGGCUCGGCUCUGUCGGCUCCGACGCGGCCGUCAACUUCCUGACGGACGUGUCGACCAGCGGCUCGACGUCGCAGCCCAACCUGAGCGACUCGCGCGAGUGCAGCGAGGCGGGCGUGCUGUCGCGCGGCGCCAGCGACCCGUCUCUGGACGGCUCGCCGCGGCGGCAGCGCGGCGCCGCUUUCUCGCUGCCGCUGCGCCGGCCCGCCGCCGCCGACGCCACCUCGGACGACAUCACGCCCGACUCUGCCGUCGUCGUCGACUACGAUGACGCGUGUGACGUCUGCGCGGGUGGUGACACUCGGCGCGGGGCUGGCGCCGAGGGUGAAGGAUACCAGAGCGUCGCGCCGGCGGAGGCUGCGGCGGCGGUGGCGGCGGAGCGGCCGCGGGCCCGGCGCGGCGCCGCCCGGUUCCUGCCGGCCACCUCUGCCGGCAGCCUGCAGGAGGUGCUGCGCCGCUACCGCAGCCGGUCCGGCUCUCGCGGCCUGCUCGACAAGCUGCGCGGCAGCACGUUCUCGCUGCAGGUGGGCCGGCACGGCUACUCGCCGCUGGGCUCCACGGGAUCGGUCCCUCAGUCGCCCGGUCCGCCGGCCCAGCUGGUGGACGGCUGCACCCAGACCGACUUCCCGCCGCCCUCGCUGGCCGCAUCGCGCUCCGAUCUGACCAGCGAGCCGGACCUGUGUGACGUUACCGAGUGUGACGUCACGGACAUGACGUCAUCGGCCGAUGGCGAGCGGCUGCGGCGGCUUGUACUGGGAGGACGGUGCGCCGCCGAGCGACUCGACCUCGAGCGCUGCCAGUGGCCGCCCGAGGAGGAGACCGGUGUGUGAUGCCGCGUGACGCCGCCGUGACGGGACGCACAGUGACGCGGCCGUCACGAUUGGCGCGCGGCGCGGCCGGCGCCCCCGCGGCCGCUCCGCAUGAGUGCUUUGUGAGUCAGUCGCGCGGGCAGUGAUGGAGCGGGCCGAGUACGGAAGUGAGUCACGCGGAUGUUCCCCGGCCCGGGCCGUGGCCGGACGUUUUUAUCCCGCGCGUAGCGGUGGAAGGUGCAGCGCGGCUCUGUCUCCCGCUGUCGUUGAUCUUUGUUUGGGAGUGUCGGCUGUGCGCCCCUGGCUGAUUGCGAAGCAUGCCAAGGUCUAGUCAGGGGGAGGGCGGCGGUGCCCAGUCACGAUCUCGAGCUUGGUUUGUUGUGAGUCCUCCGUAUGUAUAUUUCGUUGCCGGGUUUUAUUCCUGGUGUCAAGCGCGACACACCAUCGCCCUGUAUCGCCCUGUAUCGCUCCGUAUCGAGCUGUAUCGCCCCGUAUCGCCCUGUAUCUCACCCGUACCAUCCCGUGUAUCGAGUGUGUGUCCAUGUGUAUCAGAUGCGCCGUUUGUACAUGUUUCGUGGGCCGUGGGAGUGGCCUGAGGCCGCGCCCCGGUCGCCCUUCCUCCUUGUAUUCAAUACAGGACGGAGCAUAUACCCC